GGGCGUCGUUGCUAAGGGAGAAGUCCUGCCUGCAGCAUCAUGGUGCCUUUCCACAUCCGCGAGUACCGGGACGAGGAUUACGAGACCGCACGCGACUUGUUUGCCACCGGGAUGAGCGAGUACAUGCCCACUUUGUGCGUCCACAUGCUGAAGCAGCCGUGGGUGAUCCUGGCCCUGGCCUGCACCUUCUGCCUGCUGCUCACCAGUUCCAAAUCCCUCCUCCUGCCCAUCCUUGCUGUCACUCUGCUGCUGGCCCUGGGGCGGCAGGUGCUGGGCUACGUUUGGUCCAGGUACAUCGACCACUGCUUGCAAGAGGACCUGCUGGACAUCCAGGAAACCUACAUGCUGGGCAAGGGGUCCCACUUCUGGGUGGCAGAGGCAGACGAGCGCGUAGUGGCCACGGUGGGGGCCCGGCCCUCCGAUGAGUGCCAGGAGGAACUCAUGUUGAAGCGCAUGUCCGUCCGCAAGGAUUACCGGGGCCUUGGUAUUGCCAAGGCCCUCUGCAAGACGGUGAUCUCCUUUGCCCGAGAACAUGGCUACCGGUCGGUGGUGCUGAACACCCUCACGGUGCAGCAUGAAGCCCGCACCCUGUACAACAGCAUUGGCUUCCACGUGUAUCGCCACUACAUCUUGCCCACCCUCUAUGGCAGGUUGGCCAACUUUACUGUUUUCAAGCAUCGAUACGAUAUCCCCUGUGUGGGCUGA